AAAGACUUUAUUAUAAAUAUAUAUAUAUAUAUAUAUAUGCAAUUGAUCUAACACCAAGGAGGACUGGUCCAUGGUUGACUGCAAGACCACAGACUUGCUUUUGUGACUCUCUCUCUCUCUAUCUCUCUCUCUCUCUCAACAUCCUUGGCCUUUCCAAAGAAGCUUCAGAGCUCUAUAUAAGGCAAAACCUUGAUCAAAAUUCAGACACAAACAACACACGUUCACAUUAACCCCCUUCAGACAAAACCCCAUGUCCUUCAAGGUAUUUUCUUGGAGAGCAUGUCUUCCCAUAAACUGCAUCAAGAACAAGAAGAAGAACAAGAUCGACCCAUCAGAGGGAAGGCCUCUGUAUUCAAACCAAGGCUCUCUUCCAAGCAGAAGAAUAUCCGUUUCUGAUGUCAGCAGCUCAUCCGUGUCACUCAGCGACUUGUCGGCUUCUUUUCUCGUAGACCUUCACAUUUUCACCUUUUUAUUUCUUUUUUUCGUUUGGACUUUAAAUCUGCAGGCUGAAGUUAUCAUCUUGGGUCAAUUGAAGCAUCCCCAUCUGGUGAACUUGAUCGGAUACUGCAGUGAGGAUGAACAUAUGCUUCUAGUGUAUGAAUUUAUGGAACGAGGAAACCUGGAAGACCAUCUGUUUCAAAGAUAUGCAGGAACGCUGCCUUGGUUAACCCGAAUGAAGAUUCUAUUAGGUGCUGCAAAAGGCCUUGCCUUCCUUCAUGAAGAACAAACCCCCAUUAUAUACCGAGAUUUUAAGCCUUCCAACAUCCUCUUAAACUCGGAUUACAGCUCUAAGCUCUCCGAUUUCGGACUAGCAACAGAUGGAUCAGAGGGAGGAGAAUCAAGUGUUACAAGGAUAAUGGGUACAGAGGGCUAUGCAGCUCCAGAAUAUAUAUCAACAGGUCACUUGACAACAAUGAGCGACGUGUUCAGUUUCGGGGUCGUCAUGUUAGAGUUGCUAACAGGAAGAAAACCGGUGGAAAAGUAUUGGUCACAAAGAGGGAGGAACCUAGUGGAAUGGGCAAGACCCAUGUUAAAAGAUCACAACAAACUCGAAGUGAUAAUAGACAGGGGGCUUGAAGGGCGGUACUCGGUUGAAGGGGUGAGGAAGGCGGCUGCUUUGGCUUAUCAGUGCCUCAGCCACAACCCCAAGUCACGACCCACAAUGACCACAGUGGUCAAGACUUUGGAGUCUCUCCUUGACCUCAAAGACAUCCAAAACGGGCCAUUUGUGUACAUAGUUCCAACGGAAGGUGUGAAGGAAGGGCAUGACAGCAAAUGUGGGGACAAUGUGACACUCGGGAAGAAUGGCAAAGAAAAUAAGGAGGAAAAGAAAGGGAAACUCUGCCAAAGACAUCAAAGAGGUCCGAAGCAGAAACGUAAGGUCAAGGCAAUGAGGUCCCCCACCGUAUAUUCAGACACUGCUCUGUACAAGAGUCAAGGGACCAGUUUGUACUCCCCGGUCAAGUAGAUUUUGUUCAUGAUUUUAUUUAUAUUUGUUCCAUACAGGUUUAGAUGUUAGGAAACAACACAAAAAAAAGUCAUGUUAGAUACAGGAAAAUACUACAGGAUUUUCAUGUAAUGCAAAAUGUAAAGUGGGCUACAUAGAAAUUUAGCAGUCAAUUUCAAGUUUGUAAACAUAGACGUUAAAUCUGAAUGCAAGGAAUAUGUGUUCAACAGGGACAUAAUUCCUGGAUUUAUUCACCAGAGGAAUCUAACAUCAACAUCCAAAAUUGAACCUUUAUAAGAAUUUUACAGGUCCUAUGUUAGAUGUUCUGUUCUCAAUGUUGAAGAAUCUGAGUGAAUAUGCAACCAAGUCCAGACAAAAUGGUCUGAAGCAGAGUCAGAUCACAAAC